GAGCAUCAAUUUCAUUGUUUCAGGAUUUAUUUGUCAGUGAUCUAUUAACAUGAUCAAGAUGACGAACAUCACCCCAUAAUUUUUCCAAUGCCUUCAUUUACCUCAUUCAAGUUAUAAUUUGGAUCUCCUGUCACAACUCCUACAAAACAGUAUCCAAGAUGGCAACCGUGCCAUCUUCCUCAGAACUGACAUGUGACGCCACAAUCAAUUGGGUCAAUAAUCAGAAUGUAGUAAUUAAAACAGUAAAAUGUAAAAGUGCAGUAUUUGAGCUUGUUAGAAACGAAUUUAGAGACUUAUUUUUCAAAACGACCACAAAAGGACUAAAAUUGAAAUUGAUCGUUAGCAAUUUGACAAUACACAAAAAUUUUGUGUCUGAAGGUAAAGCGUCAAUUAAUUUUCAAGAAAGCAAAACAAUUGUCUAUCUAUCAAAUGCUCCAGUAUCAAAUCUCAUGUUAUUUUUGAAAACACUAUUUGUCAAGAUGACAAGUAAAAAGAGCUCACCAAAAGUUCCUUUGAAAGAGAGACUGAUGUCUGAUAAACCGAAUAUGCUGACUGAUAUAAGCCCUGUCAAUGGUAAAGACAUGAACCGGUUGAAGCAAGCCUUGCCAAACAAAACAACUGAUAUGAAGAAAAGGAAGAUUUCUUCAGAAAAUGAUCAGGAUGCAAAAAAGAAGUGUGUCGCUAGUCUAAUGAGUCAGCAUACUUUAACAGCAGAACAGAAAAAGGUGUUGGAUGCUGUUAAAGAAGGUCAAAACAUUUUCUUCACAGGCAGUGCUGGAACUGGAAAAUCCUAUUUGCUGAAAGUGAUUAUCAAUUCGAUUCCACCAGAUGUGACGUUCGCCACUGCCAGUACGGGCGCCGCCGCUUGUCUCAUUGGAGGCAUCACUCUACAUUCGUUUGCUGGUAUUGGUACAGGAGAAGCUUCAUUCCAAAGAUGUUUAGAGCUUGCAUCAAGACCGCAUGUUCUUCAGAAUUGGAAAAGGUGUAGAUAUUUGAUCAUUGAUGAAGUAUCAAUGGUCAAAGGUGAUUAUUUCGAGAAAUUGGAAAAAGUAGCUAGAGCAUUGAAAAACCCGGACAAGCCUUUUGGAGGGUUGCAGUUGAUCCUAAGUGGCGAUUUUCUGCAACUGCCGCCAGUCACGAAGAACGAUGCCAAUAACCGGUUCUGCUUUCAAACGGAGACAUGGGAUCUGUGCAGACUGACGUGCUUCCAAUUGAAGCAGGUUCACCGCCAGAAUGAUCCCGAAUUCAUAUCAAUACUCAAUAGUAUUCGAACUGGAAGAGUAACAAAUGAGAUUGCAGAUCGUCUGAAUUUGACGAGAAGUCAGGUGAUUGGAGGCAAUGGCAUUCAGGCGACCAGAUUGUGCUGCUACACCAAUGAAGCAAAUACUAUCAACAAAACUAAUUUGGAAAACCUUGCCGGGGAAUCAAAAGAUUUUGAAGCGUCAGACAGUGACAAGGGGAAUAGCAAGAUACUCGAUGAAUACACUCCGGUCGAAAAGACAAUCUCCUUGAAAGUCGGGGCCCAAGUGAUGCUUGUCAAAAAUAUCAACGUCAGCAAAGGCCUUGUAAAUGACGCCACUUCAAUCUUGGAAAAAUAAUCUGCAGGGCUACCGGUAGUGAAAUUUCUGUCAGUGGAAUACACGGUGAAACAAGAAAAGUGGAUUGUCCGCGCAGCUGGAGGUCUGAUGCUCACCAGGAUUCAACUGCCUCUCAAGCUAGCCUGGGCAUUCUCCAUCCACAAAUCCCAGGGACUAACGCUGGACUGUGUGGAAAUGAACCUGUCUCAAGUGUUCGAAGCUGGGCAGGCGUAUGUGGCGCUCUCCCGUGCCAAGAGUCUCGACUGCUUGCGGGUCAUCGACUUUGAUAUGCAGAAAAUUUGGGCCAAUCCUGAUGUACUUAAAUUCUAUAAGCGACUGGAUCAACGAUGUAGGGAACUAGAAUCAAUUAGUGAAUUUAUUCCUCUUGGUAGGAAAAAGUGAUCGAUCUUAGAUGUAAUAAUCGAUAAAAUCUAUAUUUUUAUAAAUUUUUUACUAUUUAUACGCUCUAUUUUAUUUUUGUCAACAAUAAUAUACUUCGAUAUCACCGUCAAAUCGAUUCGUCAAUAUGAAUAAAAUGAUGAUUGUGUGAGAUUGAA